GUUAUGAUCCAAUGGAAGGGGCGUAAUCGCCAGGAGGUUGGAAAGACGACUGCUGCGGUUGACUGCGUUAGAGAUGUGCUCCGCAACAGAGGACAGGCACAGGAAUGGCCAACGCCGAAUACAAACCGCAUUCCGUCGUCAAGGCGAUCCGCCAAUCGCCACCGGUCGACCUAUCGAAGCCAUAUGACAUUGGCUGGAUCAAGGGAAAGCACAUUCUGAUCACCGGAGGCGCGUCUGGGUUCGGAGCUGAAUGGGCGCGCACGUGGGCGAAAGCUUGGGCGAGCCUGGUGCUGGCGGACAUCAACGCUAAGCUCGGCACGGAGGUGGCGGCGACGAUUCGGCAGGACACCGGCAACGAGGAGGUGCACUUCGUCGAGUGCGACGUCAGGGACUGGCAGGCGCAGGUGAGGCUGUUCAAGGAAGCCGUGCGCCUGAGCCGGCACGGCGGCAUCGACUGCGUGGUCGCCAACGCGGGCGUGGCCGGCAUCGAGCCGUUCCACGACCCGUCCAACGACUUCGCCGUCGACGAGCCGCCGAAGCCCAACUUCAAGGUCAUCGACGUCAACCUGACCGGCGUGCUGUACACGACGCAGCUGGCCCUGUGGUGGCUGAACAGGAACCCGGGCUCGAAACCGUGCAGUCCCGACACAGAUCCCCGCCAGACCACCCGCGACAGGCACAUCCUCCUCGUCAGCUCCAUCGCCGGCCUGGGCCCGAUCCUCACGCAGCCGCUGUACGGGGCGAGCAAGCACGCCGUGCUGGGCAUGUUCAGGUGCCUGAGAGGCACCGCCUUUCUCGAAGGCGUCAGGACGAAUAUCAUCUUCCCCUACUUCAUCGAGACGCCCAUCAACCCUGCCGUCGGGCGCGCGCUCGUCGCCGGCGGCGGCAUGGGCAAGAUCGAGGAUGUGGUCGACGCCGCGUCGAGGCUCGUGGCGGACUCGAGCAUACUCGGCCGCGGCCUUUGCAUCGCACCACGCGUGCGGGUCAAGCAGCAGGACGACGGCGACUGGGUCGUCCUGCCGUUUGACGACAACGACGGCGAGGAGAAGGGCGUGUGGGAAGUCAACGCGCACGAUUUCGACGACACGGAAAUUUUCACGCGGCGGCUGGUCGUCAUCCUCAACAAGCUCGCCGCGCUGAAGGGCUGGUACGAAUUCUCGAGAGACAUUCUAAAGGCUGUGAGAUAUAAAAUCUUUGGCUGGUAGCUGAUUGAGACGCGUGCAACGCGCCAAUCCUCAGAAGAUCUAAUUCAUAAAUCAUGCACCUAUCUUUACCUAUCAAUCUUGUUCGUUGCGAAAGGCAAAAUGUCCGAAACUUUCAUUCGUCCGGGAUAGCGUCCGUGUUUGUGGACGCAUCAGCGAGAAAAGCUGAUCCAACGCCCGAGAAGGAAAAAAAAAAUGGCCCGAAGAGCCAGUAAUGCGAAAUUUUGUAGCAGUUUUCAACGAGAAAUUCAAAUCCAUUCGUCUUCUCAUACUCUUAGAGAGAUAGAU